GGGGUGAGGGGGUUUGGGCCCGAUCCCGGGAACCCCGGGUCUCCACGAUGGCGCAGCGGGCUCGGCCCUUGGACUGCGCGGCGGACGCAUCGCGCCCGGGUCGGCCUGGGGGGCGAUCUGCGGCCUUCGAGGCCCGACGCCCCCUUUUCUUCGACCUCAAAGGCCGGGAGGAGGCGGGCCGCGCCUGAAUGGGUUCAUUCGUUCGUUCAUUCAUUCAGCCUGAGCCGGGAUCGGCCCCUCUGGUGGGGUGAUAACGGCGGCGGGGUGCCGACUCCGCCUCUUUAGACAUUUUUUUAACUGGUUCGGUCCCCACAGCAACCCCUACCAUGAACUUCCAGUUCCGUAGAUGGGGAAGCGGAGGCACGGAGAGGUCAGAGAAACAUGGCAGCAAGGAGAAUUGCACAGGAGACUCUCGAUGCUGUGUUGCAGGAAAAAGCUAACCGAUAUAUGGACCCCAGUGGUGAGGCUGUAGGUGAAACUCUUCAGUUUAAAGCUCAAGAUCUUCUAAGGACAGUCCCAAGAGCCAGAGCAGAUAUGUUUGAUGACAUUCACAGUGACAGCAGGUACACUCUGGGCGCAUCUGUAACUCAUCCUCGAGACACUGGGAGAGAAGGCCUGAGAGGUGAUAUAUUUCCAGGACCUUCCUUCAGGUCAAGCAACCCUUCUGUAAGUGAAGACAGCUACUUUCGCAAAGAAUGUGGUCGGGAUCUGGAAUUUUCCCACCCUAACUCCCGAGACCAGGUCUUUGGCCACCGGAAACUGGGACAUUUCCGUUCUCAGGACUGGAAAUUUGCACUCCGUGGCUCUUGGGAACAAGACUUUGCCCACUCAGUUUCUCAAGAAUCCUCUUGGUCACAGGAGUAUAGUUUUGGCCCUUCUGCAUUACUGGGGGACUUUGGCUCCUCCAGGCUGAUUGAGAAAGAGUGCUUGGAGAAGGAGAGUCGUGAUUAUGACGUGGACCGUCCAGGGGAGGCGGACUCUGUGCUCAGGGGCAGCAGCCAAGUCCAGGGCAGAGGCCGAGGUCUAAACCUUGCUGACCAGGAGGGUGCUAUCUUGGGAAAGGGGGAGACUCAAGGCCUGCUCACUUCUAAAGCUGGGGUUGGGAAACUUGUCAUGCUGAGAAACGUGAGCACGAAAAAGGUACCCACUAUGAGUCGUGUCACUCCCAAAACUCAGGGCACUAACCAAAUCCAGAAAACCACCUCAAGUCCUGACGUGACCCUGGCGACGAACCCAGGGACAGAAGAGGUCCAGUUCCCCACCCGGAAAGUCCCUCUGGGGCUUGAUCUAAAGGAUGUCCGGCUCCCCAGGAGAAAGAUGAGCUUCGACAUCAUAGAUAAGUCAGAUGUCUUCUCGAGAUUUGGGAUAGAAAUAAUCAAGUGGGCAGGCUUCCACACCAUAAAAGAUGAUGUUAAGUUUUCCCAACUUUUCCAGACUCUCUUUGAACUUGAAACAGAAACCUGUGCUAAAAUGCUUGCCUCAUUCAAAUGCUCCUUAAAACCAGAGCACAGAGAUUUUUGCUUUUUUACUAUCAAAUUUUUAAAGCACUCUGCUUUGAAAACACCCAGAGUUGAUAACGAGUUUUUAAACAUGCUUUUAGACAAAGGUGCUGUGAAGACCAAAAAUUGCUUUUUCGAAAUCAUAAAGCCCUUUGAUAAAUACAUAAUGAGACUACAAGACCGGCUGCUGAAGAGCGUCACACCCCUGCUCAUGGCCUGCAAUGCCUACGAGCUGAGCGUCAAGAUGAAGACCCUCACUAACCCCCUGGACUUGGCGAUUGCCCUGGAGACCACCAAUUCUCUCUGCCGGAAGUCGUUAGCUCUUCUGGGACAGACGUUCUCCUUGGCCUCUUCCUUCCGGCAAGAGAAAAUCCUGGAAGCCGUCGGCCUCCAAGAUAUAGCUCCAUCUCCUGCUGCGUUUCCAAACUUCGAGGACUCGACUCUAUUUGGGAGAGAGUACAUCGAUCACCUGAAGGCCUGGCUGGUCAGCAGUGGGUGUCCACUCCAGGUCAAGAAAGCUGAAUCUGAGCCAGCCCGAGAUGAGGAGAAAGCGGUGCCUCCUGCAAAGCCUGAAAUUCAGGCCAAGGCUCUGAGUGGUCUGAGUGAUGGCCCCAUGUGGUCCAGUACGUUUCUCAGAGAAGACCUUCUGUGUGUUCCAGAGGUCCCCCAGCGAGCAGAUCACAAGGUGGUGGACAUCAUUGACCAGCUGGUCGCACGUGUCAUUGGAGGCAGCCUGUCUCCCAAAGAGAGAGCUCUUCUCAAGGAGGACCCUGCUUACUGGUUUUUGUCUGAUGACAGUAGUCUGGAGUAUAAAUAUUACAAGCUGAAACUGGCAGAGAUGCAGCGGAUGAGCCAGACCUUGCCAGGCACAGAUGAGAAGCCGACGGCAGCAGAGUGUGCGGUCCGGGCGAUGCUGUACGCCCGGGCAGUCCGCAGCCUCAAGAGGAGGCUCCUCCCAGCGCGGCGGCGGGGACAUCCUCGCACUCACGGGCUCCGGGGCUGCAAAGUGAGGAGAGCCACCACUGGGACCCAGACCCUGCUCUCCUCAGGCACCAGGCUGAAGCACCAUGGCCGGCAGGCCCCAGGCUCCCUGCCGGGCAAGCCGCCCCAGCCGGACAGAAAUGAUGCUGCCAAGGACUGCUCCCCAGAGCUGGCUGGACCCUCACCUCGGGACCCCAGCCCAGAAGCCUCCGGCCCAUCCCCCAAACCAGCAGGCAUGGAUGUCUCUGAAGUCCCUCAGACCUCUUCUCCCUGCCUGUCUGCUGAUGUUGAUACGAAGACAAUGGAGACUGCAGAGAAACUGGCCAAAUUUGUUGCUCAGGUGGGACCAGAGAUUGAACAGUUCAGCAUAGAAAACAGCAUUGACAACCCUGACCUUUGGUUUCUACAUGACCAAAAUAGUUCGGCUUUCAAAUUCUAUCGAAAGAAGGUAUUUGAACUGUGCCCGUCGAUUCGCUUUACGUCAUCUCCACUGACGCUCCAUGCCAGUGAGUGCGCUGAUUCUCAGGAGAGCCCCCUGGGGCCCCCGGAAGGAGAAGGGGAGUUUGAGGAUGAGCCCUCUCAGCACGAGGCUGAGCUGGAGAGCCCAGAGGCAAUGCCUGAGGAGGAGGAGGACGACGACGACGAGGAGGAUGAGGAAGGGGCCGAGGAGGCCUCCCCUCCUGGAGCGGCCUCCAGGCCGGCAGAAGGGGCCAAGCCUGAGGGCUCGGAGGGCAGCCCCCCAGCCGACGGCCUCCUGAGCGAGAUGGCUGAGGACAGCCCGGCGGGGGGGCCUGCCCUGUCCCAGGCGUCCUCAGGGGCCUGCUUCCCCCGGAAGAGGAUCAGCAGCAAGUCACUGAAGGUUGGCAUGAUCCCGGCUCCCAAGAGGCUGUGUCUUAUCCAGGAGCCCAAGGUUCACGAACCAGUUCGAAUUGCCUAUGACAGGCCUCGGGGUCGCCCCGUGUCCAAGAAGAAGAAACCCAAGGACUUUGACUUUGCCCAGCAGAAGCUGACCGACAAGAACCUGGGGUUCCAGAUGCUACAGAAGAUGGGCUGGAAGGAGGGCCAUGGCCUGGGCUCCUGUGGGAAGGGCAUCAGGGAGCCCGUCAGCGUGGGAAGCGCGUCGGAAGGGGAGGGGCUGGGUGCCGACGGGCAGGAGCACACAGAAGACACGUUUGACGUCUUCCGUCAGAGGAUGAUGCAGAUGUACAGACACAGACGGGCCAGCAAAUAGGUAUGUGUGUGAGCCGGUGGGGGGCGCUCUGCCUGAGCUGACGUGCCAGGGCGUAGAACACAAACACCAAAGUAUCACUCCCCCCCAAAUCAUAAAACUGAGGGAAACACUAGGGGUGUUUGGCUGUGGGUGCGUCCCGCCUCUCACCUUCCAGGUUUGGCUGAAGCAGCGAGCCCCCGCUCACCCUGCACCGCUGCCUGCAGCCUGUGGUGGGGCCUGAGCCCUGGGCCGUCCUGUGGAAACAAGCUGCCUCGGGAGUGGCCUUGUGUCCUGCACGUGUAAGGGUGACCUCGAAGCUGGCAUCGCAGAGGACGCCACUCGUACCUCGUCUCGAUUUGAGGGUCUUCCAGUCCUUUUCCUUCCGGAGGGCCUUUGGGCCUUUGGCCUAUAAAUAUACUUAUCUUUCUCCCCUCCUCUUAGUUGUCUUCCCUACCCAUAAUUUCCAACUCAGUUUUGAACAAAAUCGUUCUCUCCCUGAAUAGAUGAAAACCAUUGGUGAGAAAGAUAAGGCUUGAAGCAGCAAUUACUCUUAAAACGCCACCUCUGUCCCGGAUCAGCCCUGGAGCCAGUGCCCAAGUAGGUUUGGUGUGUACACGGAAAACAAACAUCUCUGCAGUUUCUGGUGUGGAGGUUCCACCCGCUGGCUUUUCUUUUUCUUAAAAACAAACAAAAUGCCCGUUUCCAGUCUGCUUUUGCCUUUCCCCCUUCUUCCAAACGCUUUUGGCAGCAGGUCUUCUGCAGGUCUCUGCUGGUUCCACUCAGAAGGUGGGGUUGCCCUUGAAAGCACCAGCGCCCUGUAAGUGCCCGGAACCGGCUACCGUCGGGUUUCCUGCCCAGGACACACUGCUCUCUGAAAGCGAUCUGCUGGCAGACUUGAUCCUGAAAUAGUCAUGGAUUGUGUCUUCUCAAAUUCAAAUAGGGAAUAUGAAUCAGGAAUAAUGAAGCCUGCGCUCUAGUACCACGCCUGUUUGGUCUGAGUGCUGCAGCUCUUUACACUAGUGGAUUCGAUGAACAUGUUAUUUAUGGAGUCUCAACUCUUAAAUGCAUCCCUAGAGACUUAAUGAAAGUUCACCGAUGUAUUCAUCAGCUUAAUUCAUUGGGGAGUAAUCAUUACACUAAUGAAACUUUCCGCAAAUUUACAUUCUCUUUAAAAUCCACAAAGCAAACUCGUUUUGUUUUUUUUUUAAACCACAUACGGAGUGUUUCCUGCAAGGGGGUAGGAGGUGUGAGCUCUUCAGAGUCCCGUUUUCUGCCUGCAUGGCAGCGUGAGGAAUUGUUUCAUUAGGGCCUGUGUGCAGGACAGAGAGGGUCCUCUUGGGGUGGGCUCUGCAGCUGUUUGCUAUUUCAAGACGCGUGAUGGCCGCCCCUUCCCGCUUCUCACACUCCACCUCUUGCCGCUACAUGUGGAAUUCUCAGGCUGUGGGGAUCUCUCAACCCUUCAUCAGAAAGCAGCAGUGUUGAAGUUUUAAAUAUGUGUUAAAACGUGAAAAAAGAGAUCCUGCUGAUACUGUGAGCUUGGGGGACACAGCAGUGAAUGACCCCAUCAGCCACUUUUAUUGGCAGUUAUGAAAUCUUCAUUUUCUCAGAUCCUCAGCUCUCCUGGGCUAUAGUCCCAGCUUCCUCUGGAUCUCUCUCUGUCUGGCCCGCACUCAUUGGCACAGCAUCGCGUUCCCACCUGAUGCUGCCUGUCUUCAUGUCACGGGUGGUCCCCAGAGCUCUGCUUGCUUCUGGUCACUUCUGUUGUUUUGGCAGAUCUUUAUGGGUGGACGUGUUGGAGGUUCUUCAGCAGAGUUGAAAUAGCCUGCAGGGGUGGUGUGGUUUGGGGGAACCACAACUUGGGGGAAUCACCUCCUUUUUUAAUCCUUCCAACAGCCUUCCAUGUUGGCUGUGAGUCAGGCAGAGUGAUUGAACUCUGAGACCUGGGCCUCGGUUCCCCAUGGCCUGUCAUGGAGCACGCACGCCCAGCACACGCCCAGGGUGAGGUGUGCACCCCCAGCAUGGGUUCUCGCUCUUCGAGCAUAGCUUUGACCAUCACAUUCACUUUGUCCUAGUAUGUCAUUCUUAGCUUUCUGCUUUUAUUUGUAAAUAAAAUACUUUAGGAAUUCCCAGGAUUCGAGCCCUAUUCAAUCCACAGCCUCCUGCCACUCCUCCUGGGGGUGUCCUGCUUUGGCUGACACUGAGCCUUUGGCAAACGUGAAAGGGAACACCUACUUCUUGAGCCUGGAAAGUCCCGUAAACACUCAGGUGACAUUUCUGUGGUGAUGGCGUUGAGGCAGUCACGGCGUUGUGGGGGCCAGGGAGGAGCGUGGCGGUGCGUCCUGCCCGCCUCCGGGGACCAGCACGCUGGCCCCCCAUGCCUGCCCUUGCUCUCUCCGGCAGAGGCCACUCUGCAGGGGGCAUGCGUGCCAGCAAGCGUGACGUGCAGCUGCGUGGCCUCGUCAAAGUCACAGUGUCUUUUCUGUCAUUCUAGUUCCAGGGGCUCUUCCGUGAGGACGACAGGCAUCCGGAAAGUGCUAGCUCGCCACUUUGGGUGCUUACUGUCUCUGCCUUGUUUCGGUCACUGGAAAUCAUAGAGAAUUUUAGCUUUUUGGUCCUUGGUAAAACCUAGAAGACAUUUGUGAUGUUAUAAAAUGGAAGUUUUGGGGGUUUGGGGUUGUUUUUUCUUCUUUUUUUUUAAUCUCAGAAGUUGUGGAUGUUGUUAAUCAUUUAGCAGUUGAAAUAAAUGUAGAGAAAACCCAA